AUGGCUGAAGGCUCAGAGCUGUGGGACAUCAUUUGUGAUGGUCCACAUAGCCCCAUAAACAAAGAUGAAACUGGUUUGGCAACCACUCCUAAAACAAGGAAGGAAUACACUGAGGCAGACAAAAAGGCUGUGGAAAAGAACUAUAAAGCAAAGAAGAUUCUUGUCUAUGGUAUAGGAGCAGAUAAUUACAAUCGAAUAUCAUCAUGUACAACUGCUAAGGAAAUCUGGGAAGCUCUCCAAACUGCCCACAAAGGAACAACUCAAGUAAAAAACUCUAAGAUUGACAUGCUCGAGUUGUUCAAAAUGAAAGAGGAUGAAUUUAUCAACGAUAUGCACACUAGAUUCACCUCUAGAAUUAAUGAACUCAGCUAUCUAGGAGAGGUUAUCACAACUACCAAACCGGUAAGGAAGUUACUCGGAGUCCUGCCUGAUUCUUGGGACAACAAAAGUAAAUGCCAUCUAUGA